GUGUGUGUGUGUGUGCGCGCGCGCACCGCACGGAUGGCGCCCGUGCUCCUGUUUGUGUGUUCUCUGGUGGGGUUGAGGCACUCAGAGCGAGCCAGUCAGCAGCGUGGAGACAGGACGCAGAACGGGAGGACAGUUCUUGGUUUUCCGCUCCAACACAACCCAACAUGCUCGCAGCUUUCAGCGCGCACUAGAAACACGAGGACAGCUGAACCAGCAGAACUCACGAAUUAGAGUCUGCUCGUCAGUCAGUAGGAGCUCUAUGUGGACUGAGAGUUGAAGAAGGAGCACCUGCAACUAGUGGAGUUGAAAUAAAGCAUCUGCAGACGAAAAGCUGCGGACCUCCACCUCCUCAGCAGGAGAGAUAGUCCCACCGCUCUCAGCUCUACCAGCAUCUCCUCUUCCCAUCUGAUCCCAUCAUCCUCUUCAUCUUCCUUCCUUGUCAUCGCUCGUGGGAACUGAACAUCAUGUCUCAGUUUACCUCUCCUGCGCCCUUCCUCCUCUUCCUCCUCCUUCUGCCCUCCUGCCAGCCAGAGUCCCAGCGCAGUGAGCCCAGCAUUGACCCCAGCCUGAGAACAGUCGUCCCCUCCCUGCUGCCUUCAUCCUUUGCUCCAUCGUUGUCUUAUGAGAACAACACGCUCGCUGCCAGUAAAGAUGGGAAAUGUGAGGAGGUGACAACGUGCAGCCCCGGCAUCUUGCUGCCCGUUUGGAAGCCAGAUAAGCCCGGACUCGGUUACCAGGUGGCCCGAGCUGUGAUCUACUUUAUGUCUCUCAUGUACAUGUUUCUGGGGGUUUCCAUCAUCGCGGAUCGCUUCAUGGCGUCCAUAGAGGUCAUCACUUCACAGGAAAAAGAGGUGACCAUCACGAUGCCUAAUGGGGAGACAUCUGUGGCGACGGUUCGAAUCUGGAAUGAGACGGUUUCUAAUCUGACUCUAAUGGCUCUGGGCUCCAGCGCUCCAGAGAUACUGCUGUCUGUCAUAGAGGUGUGCGGUCACAAGUUUGAGGCCGGUCAGCUGGGUCCGGGCACCAUUGUUGGCAGCGCCGCCUUCAACAUGUUUGUGAUCAUCGGGAUCUGCGUGUGGGUGAUCCCAAAUGGCGAGUCACGUAAAAUCAAACAUCUCAGGGUGUUCUUCAUCACAGCCUUCUGGAGCAUCUUUGCCUACAUCUGGCUCUACCUCAUCCUGUCUGUCAUGUCGCCAGGUGUUGUGGAGGUCUGGGAAGCUCUGGUUACGCUUCUGUUCUUCCCUGUGUGUGUCAUCCUGGCAUGGAUCGCCGAUCGCCGUCUGCUUUUCUACAAGUACAUGGGAAAGCGGUACCGUGCCGACAAGCGCCACGGCAUUGUUGUGGAAACUGAGGGGGACUUAACUCCCACCAAGGGUAGUAUGGAGAUGAUGGUAGAUGGCAAGCUCCCACCUCAUGGGGGCACUGUGGUGCCCACCGAGAACUGUGGUGGCGGCACUCAGGACAGUGCCACAGCAGGAACCGGAGCCAACCUUCCCAUCUCUAAUAGCACAAUGGUCAAUUUGGAGAGUGGAAAAGAGCUGGAUGAGAGCCGCAAAGAGGUCAUUCGCAUCCUGAAGGAACUGAAGCAGAAGUAUCCUGACAAAGAGCUGGACCAGCUGGUGGAGCUGGCAAACUACUACGCUCUCCUGCACCAACAGAAGAGCAGAGCCUUCUACCGUGUCCAGGCGACACGUAUGAUGAUCGGAGCCGGAAAUGUCCUAAAGAAACAUGCUGCUGACCACGCUCGCCGCAUAGUCGUGACAGAUGAAGAGGCAGUAGAAGAAGACGACCUGGCUUUCUGCAGCCACAUCUCAUUUGAGAGCUCCCACAGUCAGUGCAUGGAGAACUGUGGCAUACUCACACUGACUGUAGUCUGUCAAGGGGGUCUGAUGGAGAACACCUUCUAUGUGGACUACAGGACUGAAGACGGGACAGCCAAUGCCGGAUCAGAUUACGACUACAGUGAAGGAACACUGGUGUUCAAACCUGGAGAGACGCGAAAAGAGAUCAAGGUCGGCAUAAUCGAUGAUGACAUAUUUGAAGAAGACGAACAUUUCUUUGUCCGACUGCUCAACUUGCGUGUCGGCGACGCUGAGGGGAUGUUUGAAAGUGAUGAGGUGGGCGCCGCCCCCAAAGCCCGCCUGGUCGAGCCCCUGGUCGCUACGGUGACCAUCCUGGAUGACGACCACGCAGGUAUCUUCACAUUCAGCGAGCGCUUGUUGCGCGUGAGUGAGAGCGUGGGAACGAUGGAGGUGACAGUGGUGCGCAACUCGGGCGCCCGCGGCACAGUCAUCCUACCGUACCACACUGAGUGUGGGACCGCCAAAGCCGGGGAGGACUACGAGGAGGCGACGGGGGAGCUGGAGUUCAACAACGACCAGACCACUCAAACACUCCAGGUGAGGAUCAUUGAUGAUGAAGAGUAUGAAAAACAUGAAAACUUCUUCAUCGUGUUGGAGGAGCCUCGCUGGCUGAAGAGAGGAAUCUCAGCUCUGCUACUGAACCAAGAGGGAGCAGAGGGGCAGCUAAGCGCUGAGGAGGAGGAGGCUCAGAGGAUAGCUGAGAUGGGGAAGCCCAUCCUGGGAGAGCACAGCCGCCUGGAGGUGGUCAUCGAGGAGUCGUACGAGUUCAAGAGCACUGUUGACAAGCUCAUUAAGAAGACCAACCUGGCGUUGGUUAUCGGCACUCACUCCUGGAGGGAACAAUUUGUGGAGGCAGUGACUGUCAGUGCAGGUGACAGUGAUGAUGAUGAGGAGGGGCGCCUUCCAUCUUGUUCCGAUUAUGUGAUGCAUUUCCUCACCGUAUUCUGGAAGGUUCUGUUCGCCUUCGUCCCACCUACAGAGUACUGGAACGGCUGGGCCUGUUUCUGUGUGUCUAUCAGCGUCAUCGGGUUCCUCACUGCCAUCAUCGGGGACUUGGCAUCGCACUUUGGCUGCACCGUGGGGCUGCGUGACACGGUGACCGCUGUGGUGUUUGUCGCUCUGGGAACUUCAAUUCCAGACACUUUUGCUAGCAAAGUGGCUGCCAUACAGGACCAGCAUGCUGACGCGUCUGUUGGGAACGUCACGGGCAGCAACGCUGUCAAUGUGUUUCUGGGGAUCGGCGUGGCGUGGUCAGUGGCUGCCGUCUACUGGCAGUUGAAAGGAAAGAAGUUCGAGGUGGAUCCAGGGUCUCUGGCCUUCUCCGUCACACUCUUCACCAUCUUCGCUUUCAUCUGCAUGGCGGUGCUCCUCUUCAGACGCCGGCCAUCUAUUGGCGGCGAGCUCGGUGGCCCGAGAGGGCCCCGCAUCCUGACCACUCUGUUGUUCCUUGGCCUCUGGUUCCUCUACAUCCUCUUCUCCAGCCUUGAGGCUUACUGCCACAUCAGUGGCUUUUAACUAACAGAACCAUCAAAUGUUCUAGAGGAACACCACACAGCAACACACACAUCCUUAACUUUACCGACAUGUUUGACAAGGCUCAGUGCAGCCUGGAUGCAUCCUAUUCUCUGGUGCAAGGAUGCUCAAAUACUUCAGAUACACAUUCAGCACACUACAGGUACAAAACAUCAUAAACAUACGGCUGUGGCAGCAGGUUAGAGAAAAUAGAUGAGGGGUGAUGAAGUUCGAAGGUCAAACAUCCUGAGCGAUGUUUAUUCUGCUAGAUGGGCACUUUUUUCACAGCCAGGUGGGUGUAGACUGGAUUAAAAAGGAGGGAGAUGUUAGAGAAAUACGUUCAGACCCAACAAAAUUCCAUCCAUGUGAGUCAUGAUGAAAGAGCAUUGUUACAGCUCCAUGAUUUUACUCGGAGGAAGUGGAGCACUGUGUGGAAAAAAUAGUCAAAUGUUUACAAAACGUGUUUACUAGAGGAGGUCCUUGUUUAUUUGUGAUGUUUGUCUGAUACACAGGAAGCAGUCCUCCACAUGCGCUGUAAAUAAUAAAACCUGGUGUACAGAUCGCUGAGCCGUUUUCAGAAGUCAGACACUAAAAAAUGCCAGAAAAGAUGAAAAAUAAGAAGAAGAUAUCCUAAACAUAAGAACGGUUUUAAAUAUGGCAGCAUGUUAAAAGUAAAACAGGAUAAAAAACUUUACAGCAUCCAGUGGAUGUCUGUUUACCACAGCCUCCCAGACUUCUGUUUCUACGUCAAGAUGAGGAAUCGUUUCUGCAUGUUCAGAACAUCUUUACAACACUUUCAUGUGAGAGCGUCCACCUCCAUGACCUCCCUGGUGUAAAAUCUUCCUGCACGAAGCAAACUGAACAUUUUCCUCCUUAGUUGGACCGGAUCAACACCAACCCACCCCCACCUUACCUCACCUCACCUCACAUCAUCGUGUGCAACAAACAGGUGGAGACUCUUUGACACAUCCAGACAGACCUGAUGUGUUGCCCUCACAUGUCUACGUCAUCGUGUGGGGACAGACUCAUUACUGUGGCAUGAUGUAACCUGAGAGACUAUUGUUGUACCUUUAGUAACACAGACAAACAUGCACAGAUACUCAAACAAAACAGCAGUGUUAGUUUACAGAAGCGAUGUUUCUAAAGCCACAAGAAUACAAUGAAGUCAUUUAGAAACUCGUUCCGAAGGCUGCAGAAUUCUGGUCCACAGCACUCUGAUGCUCUUUGACAGCAAAAACAAAUAAAUGCCUUAAGGAAAACACUCACAUCCAAAUCUAGUAGUCAAGCCUUGAGCUGUAUAACCGCCCAGCUGCACUUUGUUAUUAUGGAACUAAUACAUAGAGUUUUGUGCAAUAUGUGAAGCUGGUUCUGCUGUAAUAUACCAACUUCUUUUAUGUAGAAAUGGAUGCUCGUGGUUCCCAACAGCUGGAAAACUUUCUUUCUUUGGAAUUCUGUUUGUGAGAACCAACUCAUGUCUGUCGACUCAUCCUCCGGUUAGCAACAGAUGGUGUAUCAGUUUGUAGACAGCCAUCCAUCACCGUGACAGUUCUGUAACAGGAAGUCAGCAUUUCACGCUUAACUCCCAGGCUAAUUUCUAGACCCUUAACGCCUCUGCACAUUGGACACUGUGUGUGUGUGUGUGUGUGCGCGCGUGUGGACGUGUGUAUGUGCGUGCGUGCGUGCGUGUGUGUGUGUGUGUGUGUGUGUGUGUGUGUGUGUGUGUGUGUGUGUGUGUGGACCAAACUACACAAACAGGCAGAAGGCACAAAAUCUUUAGUAGGAUAGAAACAUCCUAAGGUUGGUGGUGGAAUCCAAUGAUUUAGAGAAGGGAUGUCCAAACUUUUCAAGACAAGGGCCAAAGUCGUCUUGUUGUCUUCUUGGGUCACAAUUGUGUAUUUUUUAAUGCAAAAAUUAUUUUCAAAAAAUAGGCUUAGAUCGAGCAUACAAAUCCAGGUGUACACAGUGCGACCUUUUCCAGUCGUAUUUACCUCUAUCUCAAACUGUACGACUUCUUCACAGCAUUAAACUCAUUAGUCAUGUUCUCACACUGGAUGACCCAAUGCAACCAGACUUCUCACACUCUACAUGUGCUAGCAAUGUCUGACCUAAAAUCGUGAUAAAAAUGUAUUUUUUUUGGAAGUAGAAGAAUGAAUGGAGUGUAGGAAGUGACCUGAGGUUUAGAAUCCGUUUUAAUUUGGCGCAAAUACAGAAAACACUUUCUUGACAAUUAUGUGCCACUAUGUUUGGAGAAAAGUGUUAAAAGAAAAAGAGUUACAUCUGUCGACAAGAAAAUGGCUGGGCAGAUGUGUUGAGACACAUGCUUUGUCAGCAGUUCUGGUAUAUUUGGGUCGUGGCUCUGGGUUAGGGCUAGUGCUGCUUCAACAGAGUCCCUCUCUUGCAGGACAAGUAGAAAAACAAAAAUGUUGGAUUUUUGUAAGAAGCUAGAUAUGAGGUGUUAAUCCCUUCUUUGUAUACUACAAAAUGCAAAACUCCUAAAAGAUUGUCUCACAAGUGGAAUAUUGGCUUAAAUUGGCCAAAAAUCGCACAGUUUACACCCAGCUUCAGUAAGAAUCUUAUAAAAACUGUCUAUAUUGAGAGCCUGCUGGAGAGACCUAUUUCCAUCAUUUUAGAAAUACAGUCAGGGGCUACACAAAAUAAUGCUUUGGAAAUUCGUGAUUUAGGGUUUUCACUUAAAUCACAAAAGCUUGAAAAUGUCACUGUGAAUCUGGCCAAAAAUGUGAGUCAUCAUAGUUUACUGAUAAUGACCAGAAGCUUGAAUUAUUAUUGCUGUUGUUAUUAUACUAAAAGGUCCACUGCCUUUUAAACAUCAUGCUACAAAAAAAUCUUUCAGAUCAUGACAUAACAGAGAUCCCACUAACGAUAAGUGCUAAACACUGUUAAUAUUAAUGUUCAAAAGAUUUGAUUCAUGUACCCAAACCGAUUACCAUUUUUAAACUUUCUAAAACAGAUUUUGUAUCUCUUUCCUUACAAAUAAAGCCAAGGUGGACUUAUUUUGUAUUUCCAAACAUGACAGGACAGGUUUCACAUUGUUGGAGAAAUUAGCGAAUGAGAUUCAAUUACCACAACCCUGAAGCUCAUCUGUAAUAGCUCCAACAGCAUCAGAAUAAAAGCACCAAAUACUGACGCAUCCAACUCACUGCAGUACAUCGCUGACCUGUGUGGAGGACUGAAACCGCCAAUUCCAAAAUAAAUGUAAAAUUUUAGAAACAAAUCAGUAAAUAAACAAUUAUACUAAUAAAGUUACAGUAAAUGAUGUUUUACUUUAUUGGCUUGGUGUAUUGAUAUAAAAAAUAAUCUAUUAAAUAAUUUUUUUUAAAUUCUGCAACUUGGCAUUUUCAGUCCUCCAUAGUUUUAGCUUUUUUCUGUGUAAUUAUUCUAUUUUAAAUAUAUAUUUUUAUUUAUGAAAUAAGCUGUACCACAACUCCUUAAGGUUUGGGGAUAAUGUUAAAGGGGUGUGGUUUUUAUGUGCAAUACAAGAAAAAGUAGUUGUUUUCUUACAUUAGCAGCUUUGAGAAAAGUUAAUUUGUUGUGCCGCUGCCAUGUUUGCUGUAACCCUGAGCAUCUCUCCAUUCUGUCCUCGUGAACAAGGGUUUUGAGCGUAAGUAGCAUGUUUACAUGAUGAAACAGUGUGGAACAUUGUCAGAAAGAGACUGCCAGUUGCAGGCUGUAGAGCAUCACAUCACACAUCCGGGUCUACUGAACUCUUGUUAGAGAUGAUCAGCACCAGCUGGGACAGAUGUAUCACCUCCAAUCUGCACUCCAGCCAGAUGUGACCCGGAUUUGGCUCAAGCAGCCAGAAACAGAACUGUCCUGAUGCAACAUCCCGACAAUGUUCCGUGUUUCCAUGAAGUUCUGUACUAACUGUCGGCUUCGGCCUUUGCUGUUCUGUACUUAGAUGUGAUUCCCCUCCCAUCCAGCCUCACAGACUCCUCCUAGUGUGUGUCUGUGUUUUUUUCCUUCCUUUCUGUGUUCCUCUGCACAUGCAUGACAAAUUCCCGUGUUCGUGUCUUAGCAGCAUGGUCUACUCUGAUAGAAUUCCUACAUUUGAAAUACAAAUGUCUCUCUGAGAUACAACAUUCAAAAACACAACCACACAUCUGUCUGCUGCUAUCUCCUGCUAAGCAGCAUCCAUUUUUAAUAACAUUUUUUGAACCAACGAUAUUUCUGUGUCUGUGUUGUAAAUGUUCACCCUCUUAUCCCCACCUCCCUGCUCCCUCCCAGGUCUUGCUCUUCAGUGUCUUUCUGUGAAGUUGUUUCCUGUGAUGAUGACAUUUUCUCUCUGCUUGAACCUUUGUAGGGAAACAAUGAAGGAGUUAUUACAAUAUCAUGUGAUAGACAUAUACAUUUAUUCAAUGCUCUAAUAAAUUAACUAAAGUUUUGUAUGAAAUGCAAAGAAAAAAAACUUUAGAAAAAAGUAGUUUUGGAACAUAUGGCAUGAGAUGUAAUGUGUUACUGACAGAAAAAGAAGGUCUUUAAUCAACUAAAGUUGACCUUAGUUAAAUAUAGUUUAUUUAUUUUAAAAGUA